UGGUUUGAUGUGUCGCAUGCAUAGGUUUGAUGCAUUUUCAUAUCUGGUCCCUUCCUGGGGAACCGUUCCGGAACACCUAAAUGGCCAUAUCUCCGGAACGGCUGGACCGAUCCAAACCAUUUUCAAUAGGAAACAAUGGGACCAGAUUCCGCGUCGAAUGAACCGUCGGUUAUUGAAAUCGGUUGAGGUUUACUGCCAAAAAGUGAUGUGAGUUUUUUUGUACACACACAUACACACAUACAUACACACACACAUACAUACACACAGACAUCACCUCAAUUCAUCGAGCUGAGUUGAUUGGUAUAUGUGACUCGACCCUCCGGGCCUUCUAUCGAAAAGUCAUUUUUGGAGUGAACAUAUAGCCUUUCCAGUACACUUACCCAAGUAACCACAAGCAUUAUAUCAUUACCCUAAUUCAACCGUUUUUCAGUAUAUCUAAUGCAAAGUAGCUUCUAUUUAGCAAUUCCAAAGCAAUGAAGCAUUAUACCUACAUAUUGAAUGCACUGAAGCGUUAAAGAAUUUUGACAGUUCAGUUUAGUUCUAUAUGGUCAUUGGUUAAUGCUGCAUUGCAUUAUCUAGCUAAAAGCUUCAUAGCAUAAAAUAAUGCAAGCAUAUAUUGCUCUAUACACACCAUUACUAAAGCUUGCAUCGUUUCUAGUUGUUUUCGUUCAUAGCUGCUUGUUUGUAAACAAAAUGUCUCAGUCCGGAGAAAAAUUUGAAACUUUUUUAAAAAGUGGAACUUUUCGAAGAAAAGUGUUUAAGUAUCGUUCUAUAAUACCGGGAACAAAUGCUAGAAACAGACAAACUGUGCACAAAAUUAAGAUUAAACGGCAGACACCCGACAACAUACAAUCGUUAAGUUCAAAACUUUUUCCGCCAACUUCCAACCAAAACGAGUAUAUGCCGGAAUCGUUACUCGACGGAAUCAGUCAAGCUCCAGAAUUUCACGGAAUCGAUCUUGCAACCUGCGAACAGUUGAUUCAAUUAAGCGCAGAACAUCCGGAAACUGCAAGGGAGAAUGAAACACUACGUCAGUGCCUUGAAACUAUCUCAGAACUUCGUGCCCAAGGAUGCAAAGACCAGGAUCUUGGAACGUUUUUGAGAAAUUGGAGCUUAGAGUACAGGAUUUCUCAUCAAGCUUUGAAGCCUUUGCUUCAAAAGUUAAGCGAAGGACAUGCUCAGCUGCCGACUGAUCCAAGACGACUCCUGAGAACACCUCGUAGCAAGCCGGAAAUCCACAAGAUCGAAGGUGGUUCUUACUGGCAUCAUAGUAUAGGUAAAGUAAAUCUAGAAUGAUUAAUUUUCUGUAAAAUAUUUACAUUUUUCUCCAUUUUACAGAACACUGCUUGCGCUUGUACUAUGGGAACAUUACGGAAUUAUGUACAGCAUCGAUCAAUAUUAACAUCGAUGGUCUCCCGUUGUUUAAAAAUGGGACUGCGCAAGUGUGGCCAAUACUGUUUAAUGUAUUUGAAAGACCAGAAAUACCACCUAUGAUUGCCGGAAUUUUCUUUGGUAAUAAUAAACCGAAAAAGGUUGAGGAAUUCCUUACUCCAUUUGUCGAGGAGAUCCUACCUAUCAUGGAAAAUGGUCUAAUUCUGAACAACCAUAAGCUUACCGUCAAUAUUCGUUCCGUUAUAUGCGAUGCUCCUGCGAGGGCAUUUGUAAAAGGCGUUGUCAACUUCAAUUCAAUGAACGGUUGUCUAAAGUGUUGUACUUUAGGUGAAUAUUCGAAAGAGUUUCGUACAACUGUUUUCCCCCAUACGACUGCUGAUAGUAGGACGGAUCACGAUUUUCGCAAAAAAGUCUACGGCAAGCAUCAUCAGGAAUACAAAAUCCGCCGGGAUGGGAAAAUUGUUAGAACUCCCGUUGAAACACCCUUUCUAAAAUUACCUAUUAACAUGAUUGAGGAUUUCAUUGUGUCUGAUUCGUUGCAUUUGCUCCACCUUGGAGUAAUGAAAAGGCUGCUUUUAGCAUAUCGAGAUGGUCAUAACAAUCUCACUAAAUGGUCGAAAUCAACAGUCGACAAUAUUUCAGAUGUAUUAAAACUGAUUAAGUUGCCCAUGGAAAUACACCGUUCGGUACGAGGAAUGGACUAUGUCAAUCAUUGGAAGGCAUCAGAGUUCGGUUCAUUUUUGAAUUACAUUGGUAUAGUGGUUUUGAAAAAGUUCUUGAACGACGAGCAUUACAUCAAUUUUGUUAGAUUGUUUUGUGCAGUCACAAUUUGUUCUACUAAAUACUACCAAAAAUACCUACCAGUGGCAAAGAUGCUUUUUAUUGAGUUUAUUGCAAAAUAUCAUAAGCUGUUUGGAUCGGUAACAAGUAACAUUCAUAAUUUAUCACACAUUGUCGAAGAAGUCGAAUCAAAAGGUCCCUUACCAUCCAUUUCAACAUACCCAUUUGAAAAUCAUUUAUACCAAAUUAAAAAGCAGGUCAGAUCAGGAAAUCAUCCGUUACCACAAAUAAUUAAUCGAAUGACAGAGAGAGAUAACCAUUGUACAGUGAAGCCUUCAGAUAAUGAGAUUUAUCCUUUGCUUAAAGAACCAUCUAAAAACCACGAGUCUAUGUACCUAAGAAUCUCGAUAAACCCAAAUUUUACGCUACGAUCAACCUUAGCAGAUAGAUGGUUUUUGUCUAAAAAUGAUGAAAUAAUCGCUAUGGAUUUUGCUGAUUCCUCUGGUAUAUAUGGACACAAAAUGACAAGUCGGUUGUCUCAUCUAUUUGAAGAUCCUUUAACUUCUAAUUGUAUCCACGUAUAUCAAACUAAUGAAAGUUUAACUUUUCAAAACCGAAAGCUUUAUCCUAUAAGCAGCAUUUUUUGUAAACUUGUAGUUGUCGUUAUGGCUGAUAGCACUGUGUUCAUUCCAUUAGUUCAUACACUUCCAUCAGACAUCGAGAUGAGGUAGAAUCACAAGUAGAGCGACCUCAAGUUAGGCAUUUAGUGGCAUGUAUACUACAGCCAUGAUACAACUGUUAAAAAAAUCAUGAUCUCAUAUGCAAAAUAUAUUUUUGUUUCUUCUAAAGCAUUUUCCGAAAGAAUUUUCUAAUAACGAAUGGUCCUGCUGCACUUACCAUGCCAAAACUCCCAUCGAACGUCCUUUCACAAUACUAAGCUUAAUAUCCGUAUUUAUUAAGGGAGCGUCCAUAAAUUGCGUCAUGCUUUAAAAAGGAACGGGGUGAGAUUCAGCGAAGUGGAAAAAGUGGAAUGGCAAAACCUUUAAAACUAACAUUUUUUGUGACGUAAUUUAUGAGCAUUUCCUAAGGCGAAACUUCACAUAAUCCAAAUAGUUCGGAAACAAUAACCAGCU